UCUACACUCUGUGCCAGUCAGGGAGUCCUGUGUGCACAUGGACAACUUAAAAUAGACCUAGACCCCCGUUACAUCUAGGCGUAUCGCAUGUGGGCAUGGAAGGUUCUGGUUACUCGUGGGAGGCAGAAGGAUCUUAAUAUUGCACAGACCAAGCACAGGGCUUCACACUUCCCUACUACAGUGGCCCAGUGGCUGACCACCAUUUUCCAGUCCUCAGGGAGCGUUUCACUAGAAGAGCGUCACCAUGCCUAAAGUCUUAGUACCAGGUCCUCAGAAGACCGAUGAUAAGAUGCGGGCCUUCGCGGAACAGGUCUUUGCAUCGGACACUAAGGGCGAGGACAUCCGUGAUGAAAUCUCAAUGUUUGAUGUGGCUGAGGACUGUCCCAUCAUGCACCAUGAGAUGGCCCACCACCUGCACACUGAUGAUGAUGCUGAGAAACGCAAGAGGCACCAGCGCUCCUGCACUAUGGCUGUGCCUGUUGCUGGUUCUCACGCAGCCGCUACCUCUAUAGUGUCAAUGGAGGUGGACACACCCACCUACCUGGAAGUGCCUGACUUCCAGAGAGUGGCCAUCAUUGGAGACUAUGCCUCUGGGGUCACCAUGGAUGACUUUGAGCUGUCCUGUAAGGGUCUGUACCGUGCCUUGACCAUCAGGGAGAAGUACAUGAGGCUGGCCUUCCAGCGCUUCCCACGCACGGCCUCCCAGUACAUGCGUGAGAUUGAGGGAGAAACCUUCAAAGUUGAAGAUCAGGUGCAGCCAGUCUUCACAUCUCCUCCAAAGAACGGGGAAGAUCCCUUUGAUACCAAGAACCUGCCAAAGAAUCUGGGAUAUGUUGCUCGUAUGAAGGAUGGUGUCAUCUAUGUGUACAACGAUGCUGCAGCUGCUGACAAACAUCAGCCCAAAGACCUGCCCUGCCCCGACUACAACACCUUUAUCGAUGACAUGAACUUCCUCAUUGCUCUCAUUGCACAGGGCCCGACUAAGACUUACACUCACCGCCGCCUGAAGUUCCUGAUGUCCAAGUUCAAUGUGCAUGAGAUGCUGAAUGAAAUGGAGGAGAUGAAGGAGCUCAAGUUGAACCCCCACAGGGACUUCUACAACUGCAGGAAGGUGGACACCCACAUCCACGCUGCCGCCUGCAUGAACCAGAAGCACUUGCUGCGCUUCAUCAAGAAAUCUUAUCGCGUUGAUGCUGACCGUGUUGUGCACAAACUUAAGGGGAAAGAGGUCACCAUGAAGGAACUCUUCGAGUCCCUUAACCUGCACCCUUAUGACCUCACUGUGGACUCCCUGGAUGUGCACGCUGGAAGACAAACCUUCCAGCGUUUUGAUAAGUUCAACGCCAAGUACAACCCUGUAGGAGCCAGUGAGCUGCGUGAUCUGUACAUGAAGACAGAGAACCACAUCAGUGGAGAAUACUUUGCCACCAUCAUAAAGGAAGUUGCCAGUGACCUGGAGGAUGCCAAGUACCAGUAUGCAGAGCCGCGUCUGUCCAUCUACGGCUGCAACCCCAACGAGUGGCACAAACUCUCCAGCUGGUUUGUCAAGCACAGAGUCUUCUCCCCAAACCUUAAAUGGAUGAUUCAAGUACCCAGGAUCUAUGACAUUUUCAGAGGCCGGGACUUUGUGCCCCACUUUGGCAAGAUGUUGGAGAACAUUUUCCUUCCUGCGUUCCAGGCCACUAUCGACCCACAAGCCAACCCAGAGCUCAGCAUCUUCCUCCAGCACGUGACAGGUUUCGACAGCGUGGACGAUGAGUCCAAGCACAGUGGUCAUAUGUUCAGCACUAAGAGCCCCAAACCACAGGAGUGGGACCACAACAAGAACCCCUCCUACACCUAUUACAUCUACUACAUGUAUGCCAACAUCGCUGUGCUCAACCAGCUCCGCAGACAGAGGGGGAUGAACACAUUCACAUUCAGGCCUCACUGUGGUGAGGCCGGUGCCAUCACCCAUCUGCUGGCUGCCUUCAUGACUGCUGACAACAUCUCUCACGGCCUCAAUCUCAAGAAGAGUCCUGUGCUGCAGUACCUGUACUUCCUGACCCAGAUUCCCAUCGCCAUGUCCCCUCUCAGCAACAACAGCCUGUUCCUGGAAUACGCCAAGAACCCGCUGCUGGAGUUCCACAAGAAAGGCCUUGUGGUUUCUCUGUCCACUGACGACCCCAUGCAGUUCCACUACACCAAGGAACCCCUGAUGGAAGAGUACGCCAUUGCAGCCCAGGUCUUCAAGCUCAGUACCUGCGACAUGUGUGAGAUCUCCAGGAGCAGUGUUCUGCAGAGCGCCUUGUCUCAUGAGGAGAAGAGCCACUUCCUGGGUAAAGACUACUUGAAGGAGGGUCCAGAGGGCAACGACAUCCGUAAGACCAAUGUGGCUCAGAUCCGUAUGGCAUAUCGCUACGAGACUCUGUGCUAUGAGCUCAACCUCAUCAAGGAGGGUUUAAAGUCUGAGUAAACACUCAAAUCCCACUUACACCCAAUAAAACUCAUCUCUAUUGUGAAAAGUUUCCACAUUUGUUUUUCACAGUAACUCUUAAACAAUUGAAUCUUAAAGAAACUCAACUUCUAACACCCUGAUGUUCUCUCCUUUAGAGGAAGAAACAUUUUGCUAAAUGUCAUGACUCUACAACAUCUGAACACAAUGUCCAAUUGACUUGUACACUACAGUCUAUGUAUUCCACGAGGAGAAACAACAUGUAUAAGAAUGAAAGGAAAUAAAAUCUGAAAUAACAA